AGGGGAACUAGGUUAUGAGUUCGGCCACAGUAAAGCAAACCCAGAGAAGUACAGGAAAGAAAAAAAAUAAAUCCCUUCCAGCUCUAAGCUCCAGUGCUUUACGUUGGGCACAAAGGUGUUUCACGGAGUCUGUCACGUAGCAGAAGCUGCUCUACCACCAGUGCAAGCGGCACUUCAUCAGAAACAGAUCAGAGAGAUUCCAGAUUUCAUAACACCUGAAUCAUGUUGGCAAAAAAGCUGGUGACGGCACAGAAGCGAGGAGAGACGAGGGCCCUAUGUCUGGGACUGGGAAUGGUGGCAUGCUCCAUGAUGAUGUACUUCUUUAUUGGGAUUACAAUUGUGCCAUUCUACACGAAAAGUGUUUGGACAACAGAAACCAUAUGCAAGGUCCUCAAAGCCAACAUCAAGGACAAAGCCCCCUGCCCCAACAGCGAAGGCUCAGAGGAUGAGGAUAUCUUUCACUACCCUUGCCUACAGGUGUGGGUUAAUCUGACAGCCUCAGGACAAGAGGUCAUGUUGUACCACACUGAAGAUACUCUGGAAAGAAAUCCAAAGUGCUCAUACGUCCCAGGCAACUCUGAGAACUCCAAAGAAGUGAAAGCACGAAUAGAAACAAUUGCAAACAAUUUCAAAAAGUAUCAGACUUUCCCAUGCUACUAUGACCCAGGAGGAAUGCAGACCAAUGUCAUUUUAAGCAGACUUUAUCCCCCCAAAGGCCUCCUCUUCACCUUCCUUUGGCCCACGCUCUUGUUUAGCGGUGGAUGUCUGAUUAUCGUCCUGGUAAAGAUCAGCCAGUAUGUUUCUGUUCUUUCUGCUCGGCAGUAGAAAGUAAAUAUCCAGCAAAGAUUGUUGCUACUUAUUAAAGUGCCUUUGUUCUGUC